UCAUAUGAUAAUGUCCGUAUCAUUAAUACUUUUAAGGGGUGGUUCUCACCGUGCUCCCCCUCUCCGCCGUUGCCGUCGCUUCCGCCGCUGCACACUCUGUUUUGAGAAUUCGUACCAUUUUUUAUAGUGAUGAAAGUAACGCUACUCGCACCUUCAAAUUCACAACUUUAUUCCACAUGGGGUGUAAGAUAUGACUCCAUCAAAGCUACCAAACCCAUCAACCCAAAAACCUCUGUUAAACCCUUGUCUGUCUCAAAACCAUCGAACAUAUCCUUGAACUUCAAUCAUGAAUAUCAAGAUGAGGAAAAGAUACAACCACUUUACCUCAACCAAGAAGCCCCCGAUAAUUUCGACCUCCCUGUUGUCAUACACCGUUCAGGGACGAUUUCGAGGUAUUUAUGGGAUGGAAAGGAGUUGCGGUUAGUCUCUGUUGAUGGAGAUAGCCAGUUUUCUAUUUGGAGUUUUUAUGGGAUGAAUAGAUUAGGCAGAGUUUGUGGGGCUGCGGUUAGGAACUUUUUUCUUCCAAGGGAAGUGAAAGAGAAUUACUUUGAGUAUGUGAAGUGGAAAUUCUUGCAUAGAGUUUUCAGCUCCGCUUUGCAAGUUCUUGCUACUCAGGCGAUGUUUCGGGCAAUAGGAAUUGGUUAUUCUCGCUCACUACCAUCAGCUGCAGCCCUAAAUUGGGUUUUGAAGGAUGGCCUUGGGCGGCUUAGUAGGUGCAUUUACACUGCUAGCCUUGCUUCAGCUUUUGAUACUAAUCUCAAGAGAGUUAGGUUCUCAACUUCUAUUCUGUUUAGUCUGAGCAUUGGUGUUGAGUUGCUGACUCCUGCCUUCCCCGCAUACUUUCUUCUUCUUGCAACGAUAGCCAAUAUUGCUAAGCAAAUAAGCCUGGCUUGCUACUUAUCAACUGGUACUGCUGUUCACAGAAGCUUUGCCAUCGCAGACAACCUUGGUGAAGUUUCUGCAAAGUCCCAGAUUCAAACAGUGUGCUUUGAUAAUGUCGGUCUUCUGCUUGCUGCAACCUUCAACAUUUUGUUCAGAAACAAUCAGAGAUUGUUGACAGCUCUACCAUUUGUUGUGUAUCCUAUCUUCUCCACUAUUGACCUUUUUGGGAUUUACCAAUCGCUGAAACAUGUUCAUCUGCAAACAUUAACUAAGGAUAGGCUUGAGUUGAUGAUAAACAUCUGGAUUCAGCAUAAAUAUAUCCCUUCACCAGCUGAAGUGAGUGAAAGGGAAGGCAUUAAUAUCCUAUCAAGCAAAGGCAGGGAGCUGCUGCCUAUUAGAAUUGGUUGCUUGAAUCCCAAGAGGAAAAUGCCAAGGCUAUCGUUGAUGACAUUACGAUCUUUAAAAGAUAAAGAUUUUUACUUUAUUUGCUUGGAGAACCACAGCAGAGGACCCAGACUAAAGGAUCAUGGAAUUCUUCUGUCUCUGCGGGAAGGGGCUCAAACUUCAGAUAUGAUAACGGGAUUAUUGCAGGCUUGCUACAUUCGCGAGGAUCUCCUACUUGAAAUGAUGGGAUGGGAAAACGUAUUAGAAGCUCGUGAUUUGUCAGAUUCAGCGCGUGUAAAAUGGCUUACACUGAUGAGAGAAAGCAAGAAACGUGCUGAAGCGGAUGUUAAUCAAUUGGUGGAGAAGAUGUCGGGACUGGGAUGGGCGUGCAGAAACGUUCUUCUCAGCACUCAGGAGCAGGCAAGGUAUAGUUUUCUGGCUGACUGACAUAUGCUAUUUGCCAGAUUGGAGCUGCUUCUCACACAGGAUAAAGGGCAUAGAAAAAGCAAAUUAUUUUUUCCUCCAAAAACACCUUAUUGCAAAAUGAAAUAUCAUGUUGCUUGUAUUAAUUUAUCAGAUGUCCUCCACAUAGAGAAAGAGCUCUUCAAGAAUCAAGAGCUAUUUCCAUCUUCUCUCCUUUUUUUUUUGUUUGCUUGUUUAUAAUUCAAAUGUAUUUGAUGUAUAUGAGGAGAGGCAUUAUGUAGAAUACUGGUGUUUUUCUCCUCCAGUUUUGCAAUCAACUUUCUUAAUCUUCAUCUAAUUGCUGUUGUAGAAUGCUACUCUUGAUAUUGUUGUGUUAAAUGAAUAUCAAUUUUAUUGAUUCA